CUUUCCCUCGAGCCAAUUUCUGUUGACGCAAUGAGAUAAAAUCAUGACCAAUUUUCGUUUUCACUUGGGUGUAAAAAACAGGGACGUUGUGUGUAAUCCUAUAUCCUUUCCAUCGCAUGAGUCUGCCUUAUUAUUCUCUUGAAGAGGUAUCAUGCUCCUCUUCCGACUGAAGAAUCAACAAUGAACAAGACCCAACGUAAUCUCUAGGUAAGAAAACACUGUUCACGCAGCGACGCGUGGAUUGUAGUAAAAGGUAAGGUCUACGCUGUCACUCCAUUUCUGGAUGAUCAUCCAGGUGGUGAAGAUGCUAUAUUGAAAGUCUCUGGUAAGACAAAACACCUUUUGGUUCACCAGAAUAUAACUUGUGGAGCAGGAAAGGACGCUACAGAGGACUUUGACGGAGUUGGUCACUCGUCCCUUGCUUGGAGUAUGCUUGAAAGUUAUCUCAUCGGAUUCUUAUAUACAACACGAUAGUAAUAUUCUACUAGCGACGAAGGUAUCAAGUGACCCAUAUCUGUUGACGUCAUCGAAAAAGAUAAGGUUGGCAAUACAACACCUUUGCCUUGUAUACAACCACGCGUAUAGCUUUCGGACUCGCAUUUUUGCAGAAAUGCAGUCCUUUUCGCUAAAACUACCUUCCAUUUUACAAUAAAUUCAUUGCUACAUUGGGGAAAGCAUGGUAGCCACGACAAUCUUGGUGAUGGGUUACAUAGUUUCGUUACAACCUUUGUAUAAACAAAAUAAUUGUAGACUGCAAAACUGCUCUCUCUUUUCAAGAAAGAAAGUGAUGUGUCCAAGAUCGAGUGUUCGUUCGGACCGGGUUCAUAAACCGAUGCCUAGAUUCAGUAUGGAAACUGGAUCUGAUUUUGUGCAACCACCUAAGCAGGUCAGAGAAACAGAAAACGAAAGGAACGGUGAAGCAGCAGAGCACUUGGAAACCAACUUAGAACAAAACCAACCUAUUGACUUUUCGUUCACACCCGAGGAACUAAGAGAGCAAGCAAGGAAAUUGGAUGAACUUGCAGAGGUAUGGCGAGAAGAAAGACUGCAGCAAGAAAGAGAAGCCAAUCGCAAAUUUGGAUUCACGCCUUUUGCAGAAACUCUCAAUGGAAGAUUGGCUAUGUCUUUCCUACUCAUUGGUUUGCUUACAGAAUAUUGGACGGGUUUCACAAUAGUAGAUCAGAUCGCGUACAUAUUGGAAAUUUUGGGAUUUACUUAAAUAAAGUUAAACUAUUAUAAAGUGACACAUGCUUAC